GAGAGGAGGUCACCAGCCAGACCGCCGCAUUGCCUCUGUAACAGCUGGAGCCAGUAACCAGCAACAACAUUCAAGUUAUUCGGCAAUUGUAAGUAACACCGACGGUGCAAGGCUAAAGAGACAAGCCAUUGUUAUUGUACAAGUAUCGCCAUCAAAACAGCGGCGGUACGUCUUGGUCGCCAAAACCAUCGCCAAGAGGAACAGAUAUCAUCGCCACACCACGCAUGCAAAUCCUAGCAGAACACGACUAUCGUGCUACAGCGGAGGUCAGGAGGGCUGUAUCGCUAUUAAAGGUUGCAGCUGUUGUAGAAAUCUAAGCUCCCGCCCACAGGGACUGGAAUCGAGCGGUCGUUGUUGUCAUUAUCGGUAUAUUGGUGGGUGUGAUUGCUCCAACAGAGGCCUACGGAAGGACUGCUUCGGCUAACGGCGUGGGCCUUCCGCCGUUUCCGGUCGAGGCCGUCGCUACCGCCAAGAUGCGCCGGAACCCCCGGCGCGUACUCAAACUCGCGGUGGGGGCCGUAUCGCUAAUACUGCUAACGGCCUUCAUCACGAAAGGCAUCGAUAAUGAGCAAGGAGGACCAUACGUCAUCCAGGUCAAUGCUGCUGGUGACAACUUUGCCUACAGGCAACAGCAGCAGGAGGCCAAUAAUGUUAACACGGGAGUUCCAUUGCCAGUUGCACUGCAGUCUAAUAAGGGGCCACUACAGGUGGAUGCUAACGGACGUGCCGAUUGGCACGAUUACGCACAAGCAAUCACCGAUGGGGCCGCACGUGGUCCAGGAGAACAGGGUUUGGCCGUCGAGCUUCCGAAAGAUUUGGAAACGGAGAAGCGCAAAGAACGCCUUUACAAGAUGAAUGGCUUCAAUGCGGCGGUAUCGGAUCUCAUCAAACUGAAUAGGAGUGUGCCGGAUAUCCGACAUCCUGACUGCGCAAAAAAACGCUAUCUAGUUCAGCUUCCUACAGUAAGCAUUGUAAUACCGUUUCAUAACGAACAUCCAUCUACUCUGCUACGAACGGUGACCAGUGUAGUAAACCGUUCGCCGCGUCACCUGAUAAAGGAAGUCAUCCUCGUCGACGACUUCAGCAAUAAACCUGAACUAGGCCGUGAGUUGGACGAUACGGUUGGUACCCGAUUCGGAAGGUUAGUGCGUAUUUUGCGUGCUAGCAGACGUGAAGGUCUCAUUCGGGCGCGUUUGAUGGGCGCACGUACCGCUGUCGGCGAAGUACUAAUUUUCCUAGAUUCGCACACAGAGGCUAAUGUUAACUGGCUACCACCGCUACUUGAGCCGAUUGCGGAAAAUCGACGAACAGUCGUUUGCCCCUUCAUAGAUGUCGUCGACUACGAGACGUUCGCGUAUCGAGCCCAGGAUGAAGGCGCUCGUGGAGCCUUCGACUGGGAGCUGUACUAUAAGCGUCUUCCGCUACUUCCAUCAGAUCGGGAACGUCCGACGGAGCCGUUUGAGAGUCCUGUCAUGGCCGGGGGCCUAUUUGCCAUAAACAGGGAAUACUUUUGGGAACUUGGUGGGUACGAUGAGGGUCUGGAUGUUUGGGGUGGAGAGCAGUAUGAGCUAUCUUUCAAGAUUUGGCAAUGUGGUGGACGGAUGUUGGAUGCACCUUGCUCGCGGGUGGGGCACAUCUAUCGAAAAUUUGCCCCGUUUCCUAAUCCUGGUAUUGGAGACUUUGUUGGAAGGAAUUAUCGCCGUGUGGCUGAAGUAUGGAUGGACGAGUACAAGGAAUACCUUUAUCAAAGACGUCCCCAUUAUCGUAACCUCGAGUACGGGAGUAUAGCCAAGCAGAAAGCCUUGCGGGAACGGCUCAACUGCAAACCGUUUAAAUGGUUCAUGGAAAAGAUCGCGUUUGAUCAGCCUCUCAAAUACCCGCCCGUUGAACCUCCCGACUUUGCAUGGGGCUCAGUACGUAAUGUGGCAGCGGACCAGUGCCUCGAUAGCAAGUUUCAUGGACAAGGCAAGUUCGGCUUGGAUGAAUGUCUCAGCUCGAAGGGAGGUAGCUCAGGGGAACAGAAUUUCGUGCUUACCUGGCAUCAAGAUCUACGACCAGCUAAACGUAGCGUUUGCCUGGAUGUGUCCUCAGGGGAGAAGCGUACGCCCGUCGUCCUUUGGCCCUGCCACGGAAUGCAGGGCAAUCAGCUGUUCAAAUACAAUUUAGAAACGAAACAACUUCAUCAUCCGAUAACUGCUCAGUGCCUCGAUGCUGACCCUGGAAAUCGCGAAAUCUUCAUGAAUCCAUGCGAUGCCACGUUGAAAACUCAGCAGUGGCUUUUCGAUCACGUCAAUACGACGGCAAUAAUGAAUGAUUAAAAAUCGUAAGCCCCAGGAAAUGCUCUGCAUGGCAACGCUAUUCAUACUAUCAACGAUCAAUUAAACAGUCGCCUUUUCUACUUUUAAUUGUAUAUUUGAACAAACCUAUGUCGCUAUUGAAUGAACCCUUGCCGGAUUCUGCUAUAGCAGAAAUACGUUUGUGUAACUUUGUACCUGGUUUCUUUUGUAUUUGAUGUAUGUUAUUUGCUUUGUCAUUAUAUUACGGAAAUGAAGUAGUAAAAAUAACGAUAAAUCAAGAAGGACGAGGUCCUCGGAGAAACCAUUUUACAGUUCACAAGUUGUACAAAACAAUUUGUGCACAGAUCGUAGGCUAUACGAAUUACCUGGACGUUCUUGUUCGGUUACUGCUAGUUUUCUAAAAGAUUUAUGUGAAAUUUCGUAUUUGGACAUUGUUGUAUCCUCCGAGUUCAUUGUUUAGUGAGAUGGUGAAUGGAUUUGGGCAGAAUUAAUUACCGAAUUUGUGAGCGUUGUCGAUAUCGGACGUGAUAUACUCAGGUACAUCCUCGCUGUGCUAUAGAAGAAAGUGCCUAUUUCAACGGUAUAACGACGAAAUCAAGGUACCCCGAAUGCUGCGGGAAUGAACGAGCGAUUAGUUUUUGCCGAAUGCCAAACAUCAGAGGGUUCUUCCCUUUGAAGAUUUUGUAUAGAAAAAAUGUACGAUCGUCAAACCGGAUAGGCCUACGCAGGUGGCCAUCGGUGUUUGAGAUAUUCUACAAAUAAAAAGAAUCGUAACCAUCCUUCAAAUGUGUGUAAGUUAAAAAAUAAGUAACUGACGUGAAGACAUGACACGUUAACCUGAUAAUUAACUGAAAGAGAUGAGAAGGUGUUUUUAGGUUAAGGAAAUUGUCCCUUUUUAUGUCACGCGCAUUUCAGACUGCUGCGGCUACACGUAAUGACACGACUGUUUGACAACAAAUGACAAGAGUAUGACGGUAAAAGCAAAAUAGAUCUUCUGUGAAAUGUCAAGUGAAGAUGCUUUUUUAAUAGUAAAUCCUGUACACGUGUUGAUCCGAUGAGUUAUUGCACAACGAGUAUGAUCCAGAAUAUAUAGUGACAUGUCUUUGAGAGGAUGCCAGCACUUAAUAUUUUACUAAUGGCAAAUGUCUAUUUUCUGGCAUAACUUGAAUGGUUCGUCACGAUGGUAUUGACUCUUGGAGCCAUCUUAUGCAUGCAGAAAAAGAACAGUGACUUAAUAGUCAGUAUUAACUGUGAUAUGCGUCCACCGUUACGACGCCUCAAAGGAACUGUUGUAUCAUAACUCCAGUUAGCUAUAUACAUUCGUGUUGAGGCAGUUUUUUUUUUUUAGAUUGUGCAAGUUGUACUGGCAAACACCAGGCAAAAAAUCGAAGGAACUAAGGCACGAAGCGAAUUGUACAUGUAUGAAGAGGUCUUGGAUAUUCGGUAGUGUAAAAUACUGUGCGGAGAUAAAGGCGCCGUUAGCCAUUUGUUUUUCUACUAAAGAAAACAUGCUGAAAUCCACUCUUGAAACCGUUGUAAAGAAUCGACUCAUGCCUACCAAUAAAGUGAUGUAUACGGAUAUUUUUAUCUAGCA